UUAAAAUUAGUAAUAUACUAGUAUUAAUUAGUAUAUAAUGAUAAUAAAUAAGCCAAUAUCUUAAGUAUUUUAGAAUUCUUUAAUUCCCCCAAUAAAGCUGAAAAGUAGGUGCAUUGUACAGUCCAAGAUUGAUCAAAUUCUGUAAUAGACUAGAAUUACAAUGUAGUUUCUAAGCCAACCUUCCCUCCCAAUCGACGUUUGAUUUAUAGUUGAUGGUAACAACUAAACUUCCAUUUUUCACAAGGGUAGAUCCUUUGGCAGAUCAAUUGACUCCUAUUCAAGAAAUCAUGACGCUGUCACCCCUGCUUCUGUAUUUCUUUCAAUCACCCACAGAACCAAACCAGUUCCUUUUGGUUUUCAGGCUUAACCUGGCAGUGUACUUGUGAGGGUUUAGUGAAGGUUUCCUUGAUGAUGGGGGAACACAGGUAUGUUUAAACUCUGUAGGAAAGGGACCAGAUGAUCCGGAAGGUUGUGUUAAAGCCCCUUCCCCCACCUCUGGACCUUCUUCCAUCCAAUUGGAUUGUAUUUGUUAUUCCUUCUCUCAACUACUCCUGGACUCCAGAAUUCCAUUUCCCCCCUCCCCUUUCUUUUCCGGGGCUUUCAUUCCUCCCUCUCUCUUGAGCUGCUGUUGGGGGGGGGGGGGCGGAAACUCCACCCCUCCGGAUUCCUCCAGCUCCCCUAAUAUUUUCCCUAGAAAUUCUUCCCAGUUUGGAAAGCUUAAGAUCCUCUGCAGUCCCUUCGUCAGCACCCAUAAAAUACAAAUCAGAACCUUUCUUUUGGACUUCGGCUCUUUGAAAAGAUUCCGUUGGGACCAUGCGAUGCUAAUGAUCCUCCCCCCAGUCUAUGCUGCCCAAGGCCCACCCCCUCCCAAAUCUCGGCCCUUGUAUCCGGUGGAUGCCCCUAUUUGCUUACCCUUUCCUCGGGGGUGUGGGGGUCGGCCCCCCCGCGAAUGGUGAUAUCGGCCCCAGAAGGGAUCCCCGAAUGUGUGCGCGUUCAGUGCGCCACGUUGUAGGUGUCUGUGCACUCUGGGUUUAUUUUUCAACCCCAAUCUUCCCCUUUCCUCUCCAGUAGAGGUAACAAGAACUAAGGUGCCCGCCCGCUCCGCUCCGGGACCUGGACGGUCAGCAUCCAGCCUGGGCAGAGAAGCCUUAGACCCCCGCCUUCCUCCCCAGCUCCGCUGGCAGAGCACCCAAUCCCGGAACCAGAGACAUGGCCCCUGGCAGCCAGAGACCCUCCUCCCAGGAGUUGGUGACAUUCAGGGACAUUAUUGUGGAUUUCACCGAGGAGGAGUGGGGGCUCCUGGACCCUUCUCAGAAGGAGCUGUACAAGGAGGUCAUGCUGGAGAGUGUCCAGAACCUGCUGUCCCUGGAUGAAGAGACCAGAUUCCAAGUAAAUGAGUUGACUAGAAAGCCGGGGAAUUUUGUGGAAGAAUGUGACCUGCAGAGAGUCAUGAGUGAUGGUCCCUGUGACUUCAAGUUGAGAGAAAUCCAUGAUUCUAAUAUCAAGGUAGAUAAAAAUCCAAAGAGCGCCUGUGAAUUUGAUGAAAUUGGAAAGAGAUUCAUUCAGUCUUUAAUCCUAAAUCAGUGUAAGAAAAUGACCUCAGGGAAUGAUUGUUUUCAGGAUCAGAAAUCCAGCAAAGGUUUUACUGAACAGGUAGAACUUUUCCAAUCCCAUGUGCAGCCUCCUGAAAUGCAGAUGUGCCCAGAUAAUCAAUGGGAUAUGGCCUUUAGCUGGAGUUCAGACUUCAGUAGGUGUCAGGAAAGUGAUACUGGAGGAAGGUUUUUUGUAAGUCAUCAAGGUGGGAAGACGUUGAGUCAGAAUUCUAAGCUCAUUAGUCAUCAGCCAAUUCACAGUACAGAGGAGUCUGGGGAACAUAGCGAUACAACCUCAGACCGUCACUCGUCUCUUCCAUACCAUGCUAGAGUUCACCCUGGAAGGAAAAGAUACACAUGUGAUCAGUGCGGGAAGGCGUUUGCUUGGAAAUCGGGUCUUGGUCCAGCCCAGGAGAUUUCUCCUGGGGAGGAAUUUUAUAAAUGUACUGAAUGUGGGAAGGCUUUCUGCUACAGAUCCCUCCUUACUGAUCUUCAGAGAAUCCACCCUGAAGAGAAAUCUUAUGAAUGUGAUAAAUGUGGAAAAACGUUUGCAAGGAAAAACAAUCUUGUUCUACAUCAGAGAGUCCACACCGGAGAGAAGCCUUUUGCAUGUCUUCACUGUGGGAAGGCUUUCCGAUACAGGUCCACUCUCGUUGAACACCAGAGAAUCCACACUGGGGAGAAACUUUUUGAAUGUAGCCACUGUGGAAAAGCUUUCACACAGAGGUCCAGUCUUACAAAACACCAGAGAAUCCACACUGGAGAGAAGCCUUUUGCUUGUAAUCAGUGUGGAAAGGUUUUUGCAGAGACGUCCAGUCUCAUUAAGCAUCAGAGAAUCCACAAUGGGGAGAAACCUUUUGACUGUAAUCACUGUGGAAAGGCUUUCACCCAGAGGUCCACUCUUGCUGAACAUCGGAGAGUCCACACUGGAGAGAAGCCUUUUGAAUGUCUUCAGUGUGGAAAGGCUUUCAGACAUAGGUCCAGUCUUGUUCAGCAUCAGAGAGGACACACUGGAGAGAGACCUUUUGAAUGUAACCAGUGUGGAAAGGCUUUUGCACAGAGGUUCACUUUUGUUAAACAUCAGAGAAUCCACAGAAGAUAGGAACUUUUUAAAAAAUAAUUAAUGUUGAAAGACUUAAAUCUCAAGCUCCUACCUUGCUAAGGAGAGAAUCCACAGUGUUGAGAAACUUUUCUAAUGUAUUCAUUGUAGAAUGACUUUCAGAAAUAGGUCCUAUCUUGCUAGACAUCUGAGAGUCUACAUUGGAGAGAAACCUUUUGAAUGUAAUGAAACGUGGGCCAUUUUCCAAAAGAGAAAGAAGAAAUUAAUAUAGGAAACUAAAAGAAAAAAGAAAUUUUGAGUUCUGAAUCCUUGCCUUCCCUCUCAUCUGUCACUGGCUUAAUGUUAAGGCAACAAAUACAACACCUAUUAUAUAUAUGAAACCAUGGACAGCAUUGCCAUGCCAAGGGGGAGUGGGGGUGGGAAAGAGGUAGGGGAGCAAGAAAAAUAAGUUUCCCAUUCCACCCAUAGUCUAUCUUCCUGUGGAUAGCAUUUCCAUCCUAAAUCCUUUGAAAUUAUCUUGGAUAAUUCAUCAGAAAAAGAAAUUAUUCAGAGUUGAUCAUCAUACAACGUUGCUGCUGUUCUGUGCUGUGGUCUCCUGCUUCUUCACACUUUACUCUUUAAGAGUUCAUAUCAGUCUUUGAAGGCUUUUCUGAAAGACUCUGCUCUUCAUGUCACAUAACGUGAUAUUGUUCCAUCCCGGUCAAAUACCAUAACUGACUCAUUUCUUCCCAAAUGCUGAGCAUCCCCUCAAUUUCUCAUUCUUUGCCAUCCCCAAAAGUACAGUUAUGAAUACUAAUAUUGUACAUAAAGGCUUCCUCGCCCCCCCCCCCCUUUUCUUUGGUCUUUCUUGUUGCUUAGUCGGCAGGUAUGAAUUAUUUGCUCCUUGGGCAAUCAAAUAAUUUGCCCCUUGGUCAUAGUGCCAAAUUGCUCUCCAGAAUGGUAGACCGGUUCAUAUUCCUACCAACAGUGUAUCAGUAUUCGUUUUUCCACAUUCCCUUCAACUUUUGUUCUUUUCCUUUUUAUUUUCUUUCAGCAAAUUUGACAGGGAUAAUGUAGGCCUAAGUUGUUUUAAUUUGCAUUUGUGUAAUCAAUAGUGAUUUAGAACUAUUUUACUAUUUCUGUCGAUGCCUGUAAUAUCUUUUGAAAACUGCCAAUUCAUGUUCUUUGACUGUUUAUCAAUGAGAGAAUCACUUGGACUCAGUUUCCUAUGUAUUUGAGGAUUGAGCUCUUUUGUCAGAAAAAUUAUUGUGAAUUCCCUCCAUCCCUACUCCCACCGGUCCCUGCAGACGGGCUUCAGAGGACAGCUCGCCAAAAGGAGAUGAAAAGCUUUUCUCCCUUGAGUCCCCAGGGCGAUGGCAGAGAGGCAGGAUGGCCGAAUGGUGGCUAAGGAGCAGGCGGCACAAAUGGGCCAUCCUCAGUGUGAUAUUAGAGCGGGGACCUUCCUGUACUCUCACGGAUAGAUCAUAAUUUCUAAGUGAUUGCUGAUAAACUCACUAAUGACUUAAGCUGUGACCUACAACGUCCCCACGUUGGCUGAGAGAGGGCCCUCUCCCUGAGACGGCAGCACUAGAACAGCCCAGGACGCAGCUGGCGGGGCUGCUGAGAGCCUUGAACAAGAGGACGUGGCUGUACUUUUCUCCCAGCAGUAGCAUUAUUUUCUCUGUUUUAAAACAUUUUGUCACACCAUAUAUAUAAUAGAUGCAUUUAUGAUUCAACAGCAUUAAGAUGAAAUUUAACCUGCCUGAACAAGUGGUUGUUUUAAGUUAUAAUCCAAGAGAAAAACAGUUCACACUUUCAAAACAUGGUGAAGAGAAAAUCAUUCACUCUAUAUCCUUUGACAGUUUAACAAUCGCACUAAUGACAUCUCAGCCCAGUGUAGAGACGCUGAGUACGGAGUCAUUGCAGGCAAUUAAUGAGACACCGUCACUCUGUUCUGCAGUAUUUCCUAGGCUAAAUUCUUGCCUCUUCGAGAUGGCUUUCAGGAUUCUCGGAAAGCCGAGAGCUCCUUCUGCAGGCUGGCCCAAGCCUCUUCCCUUCCUCUAGGUCCCUUCCAUGCCUUCUCCCUUAGGGGUUUCAAUUUGGCACCUUAACGCUUCCCAUGGAUGAGGAUCUCAUUGCUGACCCUGGCUCCAGAGUAGGCAGAGUCGGCACAUGCAGAAGGCAGUGCCCCUUGGCAUCUCUGCUUCCAUUGUGGGCAUCCCAGACAUCAGAGUGUGAUGGUAGGUGAGGGCCGGGAAGAAGACUCAGUGGGGGAUUAGGCUGAGAGCCAGGGAGUUCUGACCCUGAAAUACCCCACUGAAUAUGGAGUAGUCACCACCUGGAGGGGCAUGGAGAUCUGGGGCCAUGCUUUCUACAUGUUCCAAGAGCACCCCAAAGGAGACAGAGAAAGGAUGAGACCCCUACAUUUGACUACAUUUGAGACCCCUAACACCCAGCCAUGUACUCUACCCAUACCCAGGUACUGCUGACGGGAAGCAGAGAUUGCAGAGACGAUGGCGCAUCAAACUAUAAAUCCACAAAACACAACAUGCUGCUACUUUUAAAUAGAGGAUAAAAUUAUUAUAUACGUUUUUUUCUUUUCUGUAUUUCCUUCCCUAGAUGGCUACCAACAGACAUGUGUUUUAAAAUUUAAACUGCAGCUUUAAAAUUACUAACUAGUCACUUAAAAAUUCUUUUUAUGAAGUAACUGAUCUAUCUAGUUUUACUUAUUAACCUUUACAAAGCUGACCUGAGUUUAAAUCUGGCCUCAGACACUUAACACUUUUUAGCUAUGUGACCCUGGGCAAGUCCCUUAAUCCCAAUUACCUCAGCAACAACAACAAAAAAAAUACUAGGGGCAGCUAGGCAGUGCAGUGGAUGGAGCACAGGAGGAUGGAAGUUUAAAUCAGACCUCAGACAGUGGAUACUUAAGAGGUGUGCAAGUCAUUUAACCCCCAUUGCCUUGCAAAAACAAAAAUGAAUUUUAUAAAAGUGAAUAGACUCAGGAGCACAUUGUACCCAGGAACAGCAAGAUUAUGAUGAUCAACUAUAAAAGACUUAGUUCUUCUCAGCCAUACAUUGAUCCAAGACAAUUCCAAUAGACUUUGAAUGGAAAAUGCCAUCCAUAUCUAGAGAGAGCAAGCUAUGGAGAAUGAAUGUGAAUUGAAGCUUAGACUUAGAGUGAAAACUCUAAGCUUUUUUUUGUUUUGUUCUGUUGUAUCUUUUUUUUCUUUCUUGUGGUUUUCCCCAAUGUGACUCAUUUGAAAAUAUGUUCAAAAUAAUUGUCCAUGUAUAACCUAUAUCAGAUUGCUUACUGUCUUGGGGAAUGUAGAGGUAAGAGAAAGAUGGAAGGGGAAAAAAUUUGAACUCAAAAUUUUACACAAAUGGAAACUCUCUUUUCAUGUAAUUGGAAAAAUAUUUGACUAUUAAAAUAAAAUAAAAUUUAAAAAA